AUGGCAGUUUUCGACCCUUCUGCUCCUCUGGACAAAACCUUCUCAGUGGUCAAAAACCUCUGCGCUUCUCUCUCAAGUCUCAAAGACACGCUCCCUGAAAACCCUAACAUCUACCACUUCUCUGAGAUCUCCGCCGCAACCGCCAAUUUCUCCGCGCCACGCCUUUCCUCUUCCUCCUGGCGCUGCGUAAUUCGUCACCGCGAAGUCGUCGUUUCGCGCCGCGACUUCCGCCGUCAAAUUGAUAUCCCGGAGCUCAGCCGCCGCCUCGCCCUCAUCUGCCGGAGUCACCACAGCAGCCUCUUGAAACUCCUCGGCGCGUCGGUCUCUGGCGCCGUCAUCUUCCUCGUCAACGAGUUCGUCCCCGGCGCCAGCCUCGCCGACUGCCUCCGCAACCGCCGGAACCCUAGCUUCACCGAUCUCAACACGUGGAUCUCUCGGAUGCAGAUCGCGUCCGACGUGGCGCACGGUCUCGAUUACAUCCACAAUUUCUCUGGUUCCGGUUCGGAUUCCGGUUCCGGAUCAGGAUCCGGAUUCGUUCACAAGCACAUCAAGAGUUCGAGCAUUGUUAUCACGGAGGAGAAUCUGCGCGCGAGAAUCUGCCACUUCGGCGUGUCGGGUCUCUGCGGCGAGGCCGUCGCCGGCGACGGCGAUCCUUCUGGCGGCCGGACUGUGAGGAUCGAGGGGAGGAGAGGCUACAUGGCGCCGGAGUUUCAGAUCAGCGGCGUCGCGACGAAGAAGAGCGACGUGUACGCUUUCGGAGUGGUGGUUUUGGAGCUGCUGAGCGGGGAAGAGGCGGUGAAGUUCGAAUUCAACGACGACGGCGGUUAUCGCAGGAUUAGCGUGGUGGAGACGGCAAAGAUUGCGGCGGAGGAGAACGGCGGCGUGAGGAAGUGGGUGGAUACGAGGCUGAGGGAUUCAUUUCCCGUGAAUGUUGCGGAGAGAAUGAUUCGGGUCGGAUUGGAAUGUGUCGGGGAUGACCCGAAUGAGAGACCCGAUAUGGGUUGGGUUUCUGAUGAGGUGUCGAAGUUGUAUUUGGAUCUCGUUGGCCCCACGGUGACUUCUUUUGGUUGGGUUUGAGGGGUUUUCUUUUCUUUUUAUUUGCAUUCGCUAUGAAUUUUGAUUGUAAAGAAAGAGAAAAAACUGACUGUGAAAAGAGAUUGAUGUAUAAUUUUAUACUUUGUAUAGUACAUGAUUGCGGAUAUGAAGGAAAAGGUGAAGUUUGAAGCACUCAAAUCAGCCAAUUGGGCUUGAGUGGAAUGGAAGGAUUCUGUCUUGUGUAGAAUUUGGAUUUUGAACAAAAUAAACAUAUUUAGUUAAGCAAGCAUCCAGUGUAUUUGACUGCAACAUAGGGCGGUUCACAAUUUUGUAUCAACAUCUAAGGAUGUCGUCAUCAAGUUUCAGUCAAUAUGAAUUAUCAGUUAUCGUUGGGAUUUU